AUGGAGGCCGACUGGUCGCGUCUCUCGAAUAUUUUCGUGACGGAGACAUCCAAGCACCCUGAACUCUUCGACUGGCUACCCACGGGUCCGUACGACCAGGAGUCAUACACUCAAACUUUCAACACCGUAGCCCGCAACAACCCAGGAGCCAUCAUUUUCGCGAUCUUGCUGAAGCGGUGGACUGUGCGCAGGGAGAGACGCGCUAACGGUGGACGAGAAGCUGGAGAUGAAAAUGAAGAUGGUGGGGUUGAAGUUUUCGAGGUUGAAGACGGCACAUUUGCGGGCACGAUUGGACUAUUGAACACGGAUUUGGGCCGGUCUAGGACUGAGAUGGGCCAUAUCGUCAUCCUCCCUCGAUUCCAACGAACGUUCGUCGGCACACACGCCCAUGGCCUUCUGCUGCAACACUGCCUGAACCCGUUGUCCUCAGGCGGUUUGGCAUUGCGUCGCGUCCAGUGGCAGGCCAACUCGUUGAACAAGACGAGUAUCCGGGCUGCGCAAAGGAUGGGAUAUCAGCUUGAGGGUAUCAUGCGUUUUGAGAGGGUUGUUCCGGAGGGGAAGGCCGGCGUGAGGGCCGAGGGGGAAGCGGGGGAAGGGAAGAGUAUGCCGAUGGUGGAUGCGAAUGGGCAGAGACUGGGAAACGGGAGGCAUAGUGCUAUGUUGGCGAUUUGUUGGGAUGAUUGGAUGGUUGGUGGUGGGAGGGAGAGGGUGUUGGGUAUGAUGGGGCGAGAUUAA